AUGGACCGCUCACGAAAACGGGACCUUUUGUCUCUCAACCGACGCGCCUGGGAUGGAGAAGUCGAUGUCUUCCCAGUCGCCUCGGCUCUCGACUCGUCUCUCAAGAAGAAUACGGCAUUCAUCAAGCGCCUUCGAACAGCUGUUACUCCCUCUACGCAGAACACCUUCCUUCAAGAGAUUCGAACCUUGAGCCUCACGAAAUACCUGUCUGAAAUCAUCUCAGCAUGUUACGAAGGUCUCUGCAAGCUCAAGACCUCUGGCGAGAUCGAUGCUGCCGUAGAAAUCGUCAGCGCUCUCCACCAGAGAUUCGGCCCGGCAGAGUUCACCGAGUACCUGGCGUGGCUGCUAGGAAAGGGAAUGGCGACCCCCGACAAGAGCCUGCUGAAAAGCCUUGCGCCUGAAGUGCGUGAAAAGGAGGAGAAAGAAAGGCUCGUUCGGCAACGUGCGCUGCUCCGCAUCAUCACCGAAUUGUGGCUCGUUGGUGUUGUUAGGACCCUCGAAGAUGCCAAACCGGAUGAUGCCACGCGUGGAGCAGUGGGCAAAGGAGCCGAGCUCAAGCUGAAAGCUUCCGGUACAAGCAAAGGCGGAGGCGCAGAGCCGUUUCCGCUGGAAGUCCUGAAAGAUCUGCUUGGGCAUGACAGGGAACACGUCAACCUUCCACUCCUCGUGAUAUUCGUAAAGUCCUUCUCCUGGGAUAUCCUUGGAGUCAGAUCGUCAUCAGCAGAGAGUCGCAAAACAGUGGAGGAAGACGGCGCGACGAAGGCCGUGUCAGAUGAUCAGGCGGAGGAUCCAGCGGCCAAUGGCGUCAUAUCCUCUGAUGAUCCGCCCCUCUGCGGCCCUGAGAUGCAGGAGCGCUUCCGGAACAUCUUGAAGAGAUAUUUCGAGGACGUCAAGAAUCAUCUGCUCAAGGAUCAGAAGAGUAUUGUUGCACAAAAGGGCCGCAACUCGGAGGCUUACGUGAAAUCUGGGGAAGUGUUCGAGGACCGUCAGGCCAACUUUGAAAAGCAACUCAAAGCACAGGAACGCCUCGUUAGCAAUGCGCAAGUGUUGGCGGAAGCCAUUGGUGCGGAUAUGCCGGAUUUGAAGGAGUCUGGAGACGGCCUGAGCAAUAUGAACGGAUCCAUCGGCCUUGUCAAGACUGGUGAGUACCUUCGCGGUCACAGCGACGGUGCGGGCAUCUGGGAGGACGAGGAAGAGAGGCGUUUUUACGAAAACCUCGUCGAUCUCAAAGGCAAGGUGCCUGGGAUGCUUCUUGAGGACAGCAAAAAGAAGAAAGCGGAUACCGAUGAGCAAGUUGGCAAAAAGGUCGAAGCGUCCGAGACUAGCGAGUUCCCCAAACCGGGGGAUCCUGCGGAGGACCAGUCUACUGCCAUUGCCAACAAAACAAUUGGAGCUCAGGUUGAUGCGAUUCUUGCACGCCUACCGGAGCUGACGAAUAAGGAGGCUGUCGAUGACACAGCCACAGACUUCUGCUUCCUCAACUCAAAAGCAUCACGGAAUCGACUCAUCAAAGCUCUCACUGAAGUUCCAAAGGGUCGCACCGACCUCUUGCCGCUGUGGUCACGACUGGUAGCUACACUUGGCCAAUACAUGCCUGAUGUACCCAAAGGCGUGGUUGAAUAUCUAGAUGCCGAAUUCCGCAGUCUUCAGCGACGCAAGGAAAAAGACUUUCUGGGCCAAGUACGCCUCAGCAACAUCCGAUAUCUAGCAGAGCUGUCAAAGUUCGGAAUCGUCCCAGAGCAUGUUGUUUUUCAUUGCCUUAAAGUCAGCCUCGACGACUUUUCUCGAAUGAACAUCGAGAUCAUCUGCAACCUACUCGAGAAUUGCGGCAGGUACUUGCUUCGCAACGCGGACACUUCACCACGUAUGGCUACUUUUCUAGAGACUCUUCAGCGGAAGAAGUCUGUGCAGCAUAUCGGCCAGCAAGAGAGGAUGCUCAUCGAAAACGCAAUAUACUACGUUGAUCCACCGGAAAGAGCUGCCAUACCACAAAAGGAGCGAUCGCCCAUGGAACUAUUUAUCAGGAAGUUGAUCUACGUUGAUUUGACCAAGCGCAACUACACCAAGAUUCUAAAGCAGAUUCGCAGAUUGCCCUGGAGCGAUCCAGAGGUCGUCGUGGUACUGCGCAAGGUCUUCUCUAGACCUGGCAAGGUUAAGUACGGCAGUGUCCAUAUCCUCGCUAUUCUCCUCAGCGCUAUCUAUCGGUAUCACCCCGAUUUUGCGGUUGCAGUCAUGGACGCGGUGGUUGAGUCGGUCAAUCUUGGACUUGAGCAGAAUGACUUCAAAUACAACCAACGCCGGAUUGCCGAAGUGAAGUAUUUGGGCGAAUUAUACAAUUAUCGGAUGCUCGAACACCCUGCCAUCUUCGACACGAUGUACAAGAUUUUGACUUUCGGACACGGCGGCGCGCCUGUGCCUGGGCGCAUCAACCCGUUUGAUCUGCCCGACGAUUAUUUCCGUAUUCGACUUGUUGCAACCGUUCUUGAGACCUGCGGCAUGUUUUUCAAUCGAGGCGCUGCCGGCAAAAAGCUGGACUACUUCCUUUCAUUCUUUCAGUACUAUAUAUUCACCAAGAAUCCUCUGCCGAUGGACAUUGAGUUCAUUGUCCAAGAUACAUUUUCUCUCACCAGGCCGCAAUGGAAGCUAGCUGUCAAUGCAGAAGAAGCUUUCAAAGCGUUCCAGCUAGCAAUAGCACAGGAUCAGAAGAAUGCUGGUAUCGACAAAUCUGGCGAUCAGGACGACGGCUCUAGCGUGUCCUCGUCUGAUGACGACGGCGAUGGCGACAUAGAUCUCCCCGAAGCUGGUGGCGACGAAGAGUCUGACUUUGUCGAAGACGAUCUCGAGGAUGCUGAUCAGGCACUUGACUCUCCUGGCGAGUAUGAAUCUGAGGACGAGAAGAUCGUCGUGACCCGUAAUGCCGAGCAGGUCGAUCCCGAGGAUGAAGCCGACUUCGAGCGCGAGUAUGCCAAGAUGAUGGCGGAAAGCUUAGAGUCGAGGAAAUUUGACCGGAAGACCCUUUUUGACGUGCCGCUUCCCGUCCGCUCCAAGCGGGACACGUCUGCCACGGCGGACACAGCGCCCGAAGCUGAAGACGGCGAAAUCGACCAUGCACCAAGCACUAUGGCUUUCUCGCUCUUGACAAAGAAGGGCAACAGGCAACAGACGAGGACGGUGGCGCUUCCGUCCGACUCCAAUUUUGCGGUGGCUAUGAGAACUCAGCAGCAGGCCGAGAAGGAGGAACAGCAGCGCAUCAAGAAUCUUGUGCUGAAUUACGACAUGCGCGAGAAUGAAGAGCAAGACAACUACGAGAGACUACCUUCCUUCCACUCAAAUAGGACUGAGAAACCCAGCAAGGAUCGUGGGGCACAACGAGCUCGCCGACUUCAGCUGAGCGAUGUUGACUGGUACGGACACACCUCAUCUGAUGCAGAUUCGUAA